UUCCGGUAGCAGCUCCUCCUUACUUUCUGUAUUUGUAUCUCCCCUCGUAUCUCCUCCUGUGACUGGCCGCUAUAAGAUCAUCGACUGGGCGGAGCUGCCGUGAAAGGGGAUACUGUCUAGGUUAUUAUACCCCUCCUUACAGACACACACAGCGGUGGAUGGGGGAGAGGAGUCCCCCUAAAAGAGAACGGCAGGAGAGGACUGUGGGAGGGCCAUUUAAUAACAGCACAACUUAUCAUACACUUCAGGCAAUGUCUAUGGGGAUCCACCUGCAGGAAGAGGCCUCCUGAUCAUACACGAUGGAAGACUGUCUUCAUACCUCCUCAGAAAACCUCUCCAAGUUAGUAAGUUGGGCCCAUAGUCAUGGUACCAUUUGUAGCCUUAUUCCAAAUCUAAAGCACUUACUCUCUGAGGGCUCCCAUGGCACUCUUACUGCUAUGUGGGGAUGCAGUGCCGGACAUGCAUACCACUGGCCAUUGACUACAACUUGUAGGGCAGGCCCUCAGGAGAGAGUAUGCUUUCAGGACAAUAGAAGCUUCAACUCAGACAGUCCAAGUAUAAUUGGUGUGCCAUCAGAGACUCAAACUAGUCCAUUGGAAAGGUACCCUGGGAGGCCAGGAAAGUCUAAGCUCGACUGCAAUAGAACAAGAGACUCGUGCGAUUUUUCCUACUGUAGUGAGCCAUCAGAGCUGGAUGAGCCUGUAGAAGAAUAUGAAGAUGAAACCACAUUGUUUGAUAUGGUAUGUGAAUCUUCUGCAACAGAUGAAGACAGUGAUUUUGAGAACAGAACUCAGCAAUCUCCUAAUGUUUCUCGCAAGAGGCCCAGUGGUGGUCUUAACUCUUCUGUUUCUGGGUCUCAGUCACAGAUUGUUGAUGAGGAUAGUAACGAUGUCAUUGUGAAGAAGAUCAAACAGGAGAAUCCUGAAGACUAUUACAUUGUUGCUAAUGCAGAACUCACUGGUGGUAUUGAUGGUCCUUCGUUAUCUUUAACUCAAAUGACCAAGCCGAAGAAUCAGACCCCUUCCACAAAUCCUUUUAUGGGACCAACUAAACCACCUAGCGUUUUGCCUCCAUCUUUAAGCAGUGACUUAGACAUGCAAACUAUUACACCUUCCCCAUUGGUCCUACAAAGACCCCAACUCCAGAAACCAGUGAGGCCACUCUUGCCAUCACAAAGCAAGGUACCAUCUAAUACUCCACUUGUGAGUCAACAAAUUGGAAUUCAGAUGCCUGUCAGCACCUCCACAGGAAACCCUGGUCAACCUAUCAGCAUCCCUUUAUCUGCACUUCAGUUGCCAGGACAGGAAAAGAAAGAGGUUUCCGAAGAAAUUAUUCCACCUAUACUGAAACCUGCAUUGCCCUCUGACAUGGCGCUCUCACCAUCAGUUAGCACUGAGCCUGAAGUUAGCUCCAGUCAACAGCAGCCAACUACCAUCCCCAACAUCAACUGUGAGGGAACUGCACAAUCUAUUCCAGUCUCUUUAGACGAAGAUGAUGUUGCAGCUGAGUUGAACCGAGAGCAGAAUGAGAAAACAAUUCGCAGCACACAGACAGCUCUGCGAAACUUUAGAGAGUUCAUCAUCUCUAAAUACCCAAUGGAGACCAGAGAAAUCUACAUGAUGCCUUGCAAAGAACUAGAUGAUUACCUGGCGUCUUUCUUUGUAGAUGCCAGGCAGAAAGAUGGGUCAGAGUAUGAGCCAAACAGUCUGGCCAAUUAUCAGUGUGGCCUAGAACGGUAUCUGAAGGAGCACAGGUAUGGUUAUAGCAUUACCAGAGACAAGGAAUUUAGGAGGUCACAGGAAGCUUUAAAACAAAAGCAAAUUGAACUACGAUGUAAAGGAAAAGGGAACAAACCCCAUAAAUCUAUGAAGCUCACCUUUGCUGAUGAACUUAUUCUUCGCAAGAGAGGUCUUCUGAGUCGCUACAAUCCUGAAGGUUUGCUGAAUCUUGUCUGGUUGAACAACACCAAAGCUUUUGGACACUGUACUGGUUUUCAUGGUUCCACACUAAAAUGGGGGGAUGUCAGGCUUCGAAUAUUAGAGACUGGAUUGGAAUUUCUUGAGUGGAUGGGCCAGGAAAGCCCUGAUGCAAAGGUCAAAAGAGCUGGGACAGAAUGUAGAGUAUAUGCCACACCACACUCACCACAAACUUGUCCUGUGCAGGACUACAAAGAAUAUGCACAGAGAAGACCUCCAGCAAUGCGUUAUGAAGAUGCUCCUUUCUAUCUGUCCAUCAAGCCAGUUGUUAACCUAGCUGCCCUUCACUGGUACAACUGUCAGGCUCUUGGUAAAAACAAACUGGCCAAAAUGGUGAAAACAAUGUGUGAGAAGGGUAACAUCCCUGGAAGAAAAACCAACUUUAGUGUAUAUCAAAGCUGUAGUACUCUUUCGGAAGCUCAAAGUAAUCAACUGGUCCUAAUCUGUAACAAUUUAAGCCAACAAGCUGCCCAGUCUAUGGCAACUCACUCGGGGCCUGGAAACUUUAUUGUUUCAGCCUCUUAUGACUCUUCCUCAGACACAGCAGAAAAUGGAAGCAUUGUCUACUUUGGGCCAUGUUGCAGACCUAUCACAUCCAUUCAAGUGUAUGGGUCAGUGAAAACCACAGUAGACUAUGUUAUCCAGUGUACUAUAGCACAGCCCUGUUCACUUCAUGAGAUGGGAAAACAGCAUUACGUAUCAUACUCAACCAAACUCAAUAGGUUCCCCAUCUUUCAUUUUCAUGAUGACAUGAAAGAUCUCUGUAUCAGCGCUGUGAGCUCGAACACAACCAAAGCUACUCUGUAUGCUUUGAAUGUCUGGAGGUACUGGUGUAUGACCAGGGGACUUAAAGACUGUAUGGACUUUACCAAGGUCCCCGCAGUUAAGCUGAAUGAGCUUCUGGAAGAUUUUUACGUGACUGUGAAAAAAACUGAUGGAUCUGAUUUUUUGGCUACAUCUCUCCAUGCAAUACGCAGAGGCUUAGACCGCAUUCUGAAGAAUGCUGGAGCUGGCUUCUCUAUCACCAGCAGUGUCUUCAAUUCCUCCUCACAGAAACUCAAGGAAAAACUAAGAAUGCUUAACAAAGCUGGAAUGUCAGGUUCCCGGUCACGCAAUAUUGUCUACUUCACGCUAGCAGAUGAAGAGGAAAUGUGGAGAAUUGGGUGUUUAGGUGAUGACGGGCCUGUGCCACUGCUGUCUUCAGUGGUAAAAUACAAUAGUCAGUUUCUAAACAUGAGGACUUUGCAGGAGCAUGCAGAUCUAAUGUAUGGCGACAUCGAAUUGCUGACGGAUGGAAAUAAUCAAUCUUUUUUUGCUAGAACAGACAGCGUUAAAAGAGACAAACAAGCAAACCCUAAUAAGAUGUGCUACGGACAGAUUUACCAUGAACAUUCAAAAGGACCCAGACGGUGUCCCUACUGUCUUCUGUAUAAGUACAUGUAUACCCAUCGUCCACCAUCUCAGAUAGAAGCAAAUACACCAUUUUACCUGACUGCACGGAAAGAGGUCAGUGGAAUGGAAAAUGUCUGGUAUGAGGAACAGAGAAUGGGGCUUAGAUCUCUACGUGGCGUUGUCCCAAAGCUGGCAAAACGUGUUAAGUUAGACCAAUGUGACAAUUACACUUUUGUUUCAUUUACACAGACAUUCAGAAAGUUUGGUCCCAUCAACAAUUAUUAAGAAUUACACAACACACUCAAUAGGUUACUUGCACAAUGAUGACCAGCAGGAUAUUCUAAAGAACAUGUCAAAGUCGUGUCAUUGACCUCGAGCCAGACCUACACUUUGUCAUACAAUUUCUUUUUUGUAAACUGUUCACUAUUGUUUGGAUUAGGUUAACACGAAUCUCACAUUAUAACCUGUGAUCAUUUUUCAAGCAUGUUAAAUAAAAAAUAGUGCCUUUUCACAACCACAUAAGAAGACCACAUAAUAGGGAGAGUGAAAAUACUUCACAAUAGCACAACUUUCUCAGAGCUACUAUGUAAUACAAUAAAUACUUGUUAUGUGAUAUUUCACAGAUAUUCAUGAAAGACAUUACUAAGUCUGUUUGGUACCUCUAGUAAUACAACUGUUAAUGUUGAGGAGCCCCAUAGCAUCCUUUUUACACACUGAUAUUAGUGAGCCUACCGGCUAGGUCGUCUCUUACUUUCUUGUCUUUACUAUUAAUGUGAUAUACAACAGUACUAGAGAAAGAGGCCAUGCCUACCACUCCACUGGGAGACUUACCAGCAAUACACAACUUUGAUUAAUACAAUAGCAACAUAUUUAACACGCCUUUUACUAUAGCUCAUGAACAUAAUCUUUUGUUUUGCAUUUUAAUCCAGACAGACUAGACUCUAUUGCAUAGGAUUUACCAUCGUUAUACAAUAAACCUGGGCCUACAAAUUGCCUCUUAUUCUGAUAUUGUCUGGGUUCCUACAGUAAAUUUAGAGACCCAGCACAUAUUUGCAGACCUGUUGGAACCCACUUUAAAAAGGGAAUGUGUUGUGAUUUUAGUUUCAUCAAUUAGGUGAUAAAUAAUGAGUUUGAUAUUAAAGAAGCACUCCAGGAUUUUUUCCCCCAUAUAUUUCAGGAUAGGCCUUUAUUAAAGAAUAAGAUGCAGACUGUUGUGUUUGCCUUGCGUAUACCUGUUUUAUAUAAUGUGCUAUUAGUCGAUUGUCCAUCGACUUGAUUCCUUCUCCCCCUAGAUAUGGUUUUCCUAAUCAAUUCCACAUUUCCCAUCAUGCCUGGCUUUGUAAAGACAGAGGAGACGGAGUCUUACCACAGUGCACAGUGCAGCCAUGACACAGAGCUGCUGUCGCCUCACACUGCAGGGUCUCCAUGUUUUCCUAUGUGAUACAGCUUCAGGCUGUCUGUUCUCUUUGCUCUGUCAUCUAUCUCUCCCCUGUCAGCGCUUACAUGUAGGAGGCAGGAAAAACUGUGUAAAGCUAUAUCAUAGAACUACAUUGGAGAGUCAGCACACACAGAUGGCAUAGACAGGCAGGUAGUGUGAGCUGGGAGUUUUAUAUGCCACAAGACCAGGAGGAGCAGAGGAUGGGAGUGGUAGUGGCUCUGUCUGUAACAGUCAAUGACAGUGACAACCCUCACACUGAUGCUCCAUAGGGCCAGGGCAGUGAAAGGAGGGUGCACCCUUUCUUCAAUCGGGGCACACCUUUAUGUUGGGGCUCCUGCCUGAUGGUAGUUGGGGUGCUCUUGACGUUAUAGGUUUAGUGGGAUUGCAAGGCAGGGGUGUAGGGUGCACUGUCCAGCAUAUGGUGCCUGAGUCAGUAACCAGGCCAGAUGUAUAAAACAAACGUUACUCUUUACUAAAGUGCAGAAUGGGAAUUGUAGUAUAUCCAAUGGCAUCAAACACAGUUCCAAAUAAUUCACAGUGCAAAUCUCCCAGAUAGUAAUGUAUGGAUUUGAGUAAGGAAGGGAAUUAUAGUACUCUUUCCUCUGUAUCUGCCCAGAAUCUGUGGCUGGCAAUAUUAUGUUUGCAGUGAUGGCUGUAAUUUCCAACUGAGGGAUACAGGAAUAAGAUAUGACUGGCCAGGUCGUGUCUAAAUAUGAAGGGUCUAUGUCCCUCUCUUACUGCAGUAAAGUCAGUAGUUUUGAUCAGCAAAUAUUGUAGUGCUUAGCCAUGCAGAUUCUGCACCUUUUUGGUUCUUUUCUUUAUCACUAUCUGAGGUACUGUAGAAAUGGUGAGGUCUUUCCCUCUGUAUAUAAUCCUCAGGCAGGGGCGUAGCUAAAGGCUCAUGGGCCCUGGUGCAAGAGUUAGACUUGGGCCCCCCUUCCCUCAGUGCUUUGUGUGUCUUCUUAUGCAGCACAAGGGUAUUUGGGCCCCCUCAGGCUCCUGGGCCCGGUAGCGACUGCUACCUCUGCACCCCCUAUAGCUACGCCCCUGUCCUCAGGUGAUUCUAUGUAACUUUGGUCCAGUCCUGUGAGGAGUAGAGUACAUAGCACAGCUCCCCCUUCCUCCUCUAACUCUAGACAACAAACUAGACUCUAGACUGAGAUAGUGAAGGACCCAGGAGCUACACCUAACUUCUUGCAGGGGUAAUUAACCUCAUCUCAUCCAUGCAAAAGCUAUACUUGGUAUUAUACAAUGUAUUAAUACAUUAAAUAGCAAGAACAGUUUGCACGUACCCUGUUCUGCUGGGGUACUGCAUCUAUAACUGUAGCUAAUCACUGUAUACACUUACCUACUAUAUAUCUGCAGCCCUGGUCCUUUAGUCUGAGGAGACAUUAUAUCUUCAGCAGAAUAGACCUGCCAGGAGCAAUUUAAAUGGGGAUGAUGUCAUCAUGUAUCUCACACAGAGAGACAGCUGGGAGACUGACCACUGCUGUCUACACAUGAGAGCAAGCUCGGGGCUGGUGGUAAGACUUGAGGUCACAUGACCAGGUUCCCAUAAUGAGAAGGUUCAAAAUGUAUGGAUGCAACUGGGUUAGGUUGUAGCAAAUUAGACUGCUAGAAUACUGGUGGUGAGUUACAUAUGAAUAAUAUAUGUAAUAUAAAAAAAAAAUAUAUGGAGUGUUUCUUUAAUUUGAAAUAUUGCAAUUAUUAUUAUUUUUUUAUUCAUAAAGACUACCUUAGGGACGGCCAUAUUGGAGACAUACACUUCCAUUAAGUACUGUCAGUAUAGACAUAUCAACAGUGUAUGUGCACUUUAUGGCAGUUGAAAUGAACAGGAUUUAAUUGACAGAAAAAUGUCAUAGAUUUUUUAUAGUCUGCAGGAAGUCAUAGAAUAUAAUCUACUCCCCCAAAGAACAAAGGUGUGAUAGGGGAGCUAGCCAGCCAUCUAGCCAUCCAGCAGUACAAAACAGAUGUUAAUAAAUAACCCACCCUCUAAUAAUAAUGAACUGAUUCCACUCAUCUUGCAUCGACAUACAGCAAAGCUAAAGGGAGCUACAGCAUCAAACACAAAUAUCAGUUUAUUGCAGAUGCUUUAGCUUCAAAAUUUUAAUAUUUAAAGGGGUUCUCUGAGAUCUUCAUAUUGAUAGUCUAUCCUCAGGAUAAGCCAUCAAUAUCAGAUCGUCGGGGGUCCAACUCCAGGCACCCCCGCCGAUCACCUGCAUGAAGAGGCUGCAGCCUAAGCACAUGGCCUAAGCAUAGCUCAGUUUCAUUCAAUGGGAAUGGGGCUGAGCUGUGAUACCAAGCACAGCCACUAUCCAAUGGACACUGCUGUGCUUGGUAAGCCGUGAGGAGCCCCUGAUAGGACAUGUCGUAUCUUUUGUGGUGUGGAGGCAUGGACCCCGAAGCCCACGAAAGGGCUUCUGAGUGUUUCCAUGCGUCUGCACCGAAACAGAUAGGACAUGUCUUUUGCCAUAUCUUGCGGACCGCUGACCCUUUCUAAGUUAAUUUGCGGUCCACAACAUGGGCCCGACGACCAUACAGUCUUGUGAAUGGGCCCUAAUGUGUACUAUAUAAUUUUCUGAUGAUACAUUCCCUUUAAGUAUCUUACACUAAUUUAUGCCACAGUACAGUAAAUUUUACCUGACACUUGAAACACUAUGAUUAUAAGACCCCAAGCAACUUUCUUCACUUGAAUGGGUCUGAGCUGUGCCUAGGCCACGUGACCGAUUGGUCAUGACGUCACUGUACUAGGAUAAGCACCAAGAAGGCCGCAGCACUCUCAGGAGCUCAAAGACUUUCUCAAACAGCUGACUAGUGGGAGUUCCGUAUAUCAGACCCCCACCGAUCAGAUGCUGAUUGGUUACAAAGAGUCAGAUAACUCCUUAAAAAAUCACAUCUGCAAGAAUUAGAUUUUGUACUUGAAUAUUAAAUGUUGCAUUACCAAAUUAUGCAGGAGCACAAAAGAUUUCCCUGGUAGGACAAGAAGGAGCAGAGGAGCAGGAUAUUUAUCUUCUGAUGGGAACCAAACUAUACAGUAGAUCCACUGUAGAGCACCAGUUUGAACAGCUUUUAAUUUUUAGCUCUAAAUAUACUUUCCUUCCUUUUUCAGAAUACUGCAUUUUUGUUGUCUUUGUUACCCACUGUGAUAUACUGAAAAAGAUAAGAACAUCUUCUAUGUGUAGACAUUAUAGCUUUACUUUCACUGGAAAGUCUGGACAAUAUGAACAUAUUGGACAGGACCUUAUAGGAUAAUAAAAGGUUACAAAGAAGUGCCUCAGUUUUGUGUAAAUAUCCAGAUAUUAUGGUGUGAACUGUUAUCUGUCUGUCAUCUCAUGUCUGGAGGAGAAUCUGUUUUCCAUGAAUUGUACACUGGAUCUGCACGCACUGCUGAAGCUUAACAAAAACUACAAUGUUCAAGAUAAUAAAAUUUGUUCUGUCUCUGU